AUGGGGCGGUCGCCGUGCUGCGAGAAGGAGCACACCAACAAGGGGGCCUGGACCAAGGAGGAGGACCAGCGGCUGAUCGCCUACAUCAGGGCCAACGGCGAGGGCUGCUGGCGCUCGCUGCCCAAGGCGGCCGGCCUGCUCCGCUGCGGCAAGAGCUGCCGCCUGCGCUGGAUGAACUACCUCCGUCCCGACCUCAAGCGCGGCAACUUCACCGACGACGAGGACGAGCUCAUCAUCCGCCUCCACAGCCUCCUCGGCAACAAGUGGUCUCUGAUCGCCGGGCAGCUGCCGGGCAGGACGGACAACGAGAUCAAGAACUACUGGAACACGCACAUCAAGCGCAAGCUCCUGUCCCGCGGCAUGGACCCCCACACGCACCGCCCGCUCACGGCCGUCGACGGCGGCGCGGCAUCCCGCCCUGCACACAUAGCAGUGCCGGCGAGGGCAGCGCCACCCACGAUGUUCGCCCUGCCGACAAAGCAGCCGCCGGUCGUGGAGUCGUCGUCCGACGACGGCAGCAGCGGCGCGACGAGCACGGGGGAACCACGGUGCCCCGACCUAAACCUCGACCUGUCGGUGGGCCCGCCGGCGGCCGACACGCCGACCUCGCACCCGGUCUGCCUCUGCCGCCACCUCGGCUUCCGCGGCGGGGAGGCAUGCAGCUGCCGUCAGGCCGACAGCCCGGGCUCCCAGGGGGGCGGGUUCAGAUAUUUCAGGCCGUUGGAGGAAGGCCAGUACAUAUGA